AUGUCAGCGACUUAUUCAAUUCAUUCUGCUGGCUCUUACAUGCAGGCCAUGCAAUCUAUGGUCAACUCCUCUCUAUCGCUGGCCUUUGACAGAACAAAAUCAACAGUGCCGAAAAUUGACAAUGAGUUAAAGCUGAGUAAAACUCCAAAUGUUCAAGCCAAGAUGGACCAGAUACGCCGUCUCGCUAACGAUGGUAAUGAAUGGGAUGAUGUUUUUCAGGAAUUUGGUGAUAUAUCCUAUGAGAAGCUGAAAAAUGUGGUGGAAUCUUAUGGUAAAGUUAAUUCAGCAGCUACGUUCAAAAAAUUAUCCAGACUGAUAGAAGAUAGUUCUAGUCCAUUACCUAAGGAUAUUUUGCUAGAUUCGGUGCUAGAUCUAGUUUAUUCCCAUGAGAAGACGCAGUUAGGUAAAGAAUUGUUAGAUUUGUUAGGAGCAGAGAACGUGGAAUUGAUAGAUUUUUUACUACAAUCUAGAACUGAGAUAGUAUCCCAACCUAAAGAGCAUAUUAUUCGUAUGACUGAUGAUGCAAAGAACCUGCCGAGGUUCUUGUCUCAGGGGGAUAUUAAAGAUCAAUAUAAUCAGAAUGCAUUUUUAGCUAAAAACCAAAAAUUGGACCCCGCCCAAAAAGUGGUCAAGUACCCCCAUGUUUAUAGGAAAUACGAAGCUGGGGGAUCGUCUAUGAUGGCAUUGUCAGGUCAAAAAUACACAUUACCUGUCGGAACCACGAGAACGUCGUAUCAAACUUAUGAAGAGAUUAUUAUUCCGGCCGCCGACCCAGAUACAAACAAAAGGUCUUUUUUCAUCAAAUUACUCAAAGUCAAAGAUUUGGACCAUUUUUGUAGACAGGUGUUUAAUUAUGACACGCUUAACCAAGUUCAGUCGCUGGUGUAUCCUGUGGCAUACAAUACCAAUGAAAAUAUGUUGAUUUGUGCUCCCACAGGUGCCGGUAAGACAGAUGUGGCUCUAUUAACCAUUUUGAACACGGUCAAGCAAUUUGCAACUAUUGACGAAGACGGUGAAGUCAACAUCGAUUAUGAUGAUUUUAAGAUUGUCUAUGUUGCGCCAUUAAAGGCUCUUGCCGCUGAAAUCGUUGAUAAAUUUCAAAGAAAGUUAGAAGUGUUUGGCAUACAAGUUCGAGAAUUAACAGGUGAUAUGCAAUUAACCAAAGCUGAAGUGAUUGAAACACAAAUCAUUGUUACAACUCCCGAAAAAUGGGAUGUUGUAACUCGUAAGGGGAACGGUGAUGACAAUUUGGUAUCCAAGGUCAAAUUGUUGAUUAUCGAUGAGGUGCAUUUACUGCAUGAAGACAGAGGUUCUGUCAUAGAAACUUUGGUUGCAAGAACUCUGAGACAAGUGGAAAGUUCUCAAUCGAUGAUUCGUAUCCUGGGUCUAUCUGCCACUUUACCGAAUUUCAUGGAUGUAGCUGAUUUUCUGGGAGUUAAUCGUCAAGUCGGUAUGUUCUACUUUGAUCAGUCAUUUCGUCCUAAACCAUUAGAACAGCAGCUGUUGGGCUGUAGAGGUAAAUCUGGUAGUAAACAGUGUAAAGAAAACAUAGACAAGGUAUCCUAUGAUAAGCUGCUAUCUAUGGUGGAAAAAGGAUAUCAAGUAAUGAUUUUUGUUCAUUCAAGAAAAGAAACAGUAAGAAGUGCUCGCACUUUUAUUGGUAUGGCUCAAGAGAACCAUGAAAUCGACCUUUUUGCACCAGAUCCCAUCAUGAAGAGUAGAUUCACCAAAGAUCUGGGUAAGAACAGGGACAAGGACAUCAAAGAAAUUUUCCAAUUUGGAUUUGGUGUUCAUCAUGCAGGGCUGGCUCGUACAGAUCGUAAUUUAACUGAAAAGAUGUUUAAAGAUGGUGCAAUCAAAGUUCUAUGCUGUACCGCUACAUUGGCUUGGGGUGUUAAUUUGCCCGCAGAUUGUGUCAUCAUUAAGGGUACCCAAGUUUACGAUUCUAAGAAGGGUGGUUUCACAAAUUUAGGUAUCUCAGAUGUGAUCCAAAUCUUUGGUCGUGCCGGUAGACCUGGUUUUGGAUCUGCUCAUGGUACUGGUAUUCUGUGUACUUCGAGCGAUUCUCUAGAUGAGUAUGUUUCCCUGUUGACUCAACAACAUCCAAUAGAAUCCAAAUUCGGCUCCAAACUUGUGGAUAACCUGAAUGCUGAAAUUUCCUUAGGUAGCGUCACCAAUGUGGAUGAAGCUAUACAGUGGCUGGGUUAUACAUACAUGUUUGUAAGAAUGAGGAAAAACCCAUUCACAUAUGGUAUUGAAUGGGAAGAAUUGGCUUCUGAUCCACAAUUAUACGACCGAAGAAGGCAUUUAAUAGUGAAUGCAGCUAGAAGAUUGCAUUCGCUUCAAAUGAUUGUAUUCGACGAGAUUUCCAUGCAUUUCAUUUCCAAAGAUUUGGGGAGAAUUUCCUCUGAUUUCUAUUUGCUAAACGAUUCUGUUGAAAUCUUCAACCAGAUGUGCAACGCCAAGGCUACUGAAGCCGAUGUCCUAUCCAUGAUUAGUUACAGCAGCGAAUUCGAUGGUGUAAAGUUUAGAGAGGAAGAAGCUACGGAGUUAUCGAGAUUAACUGAUACCGCUGUAGAGUGUCAAGUGGGUGGUUCAGUCGACACUCCGCAAGGGAAAACCAACGUCUUACUUCAGGCAUUUAUCUCCCAAACCCGUAUUAUGGAUUCAGCUUUAGCAUCUGACUCAAGUUAUGUAGCUCAAAAUUCCGUGAGGAUUUGUCGUGCCUUAUUCUUAAUUGGUAUGAACAGAAGAUGGGGUAAGUUUUCUAAGGUAAUGCUAGAUAUUUGCAAGUCCAUUGAGAAAAGGUUAUGGUAUUUUGAUCAUCCACUGUGUCAGUUCGAAUUACCAGAAAACGUUGUCCGCCAACUGAGAACCAAGAAUCCCAGUAUGGAACAUUUAUUAGAGUUAGAUGCAGACGAGCUCGGUGAACUUGUGCAUAAUAAAAAAGUCGGGAAUAAGGUAUUCAAACUUUUGAAUAGGUUUCCCAAGAUCCUCAUCGAUGCUGAGAUUUUCCCAAUAACAACAAAUGUCAUGAGAAUUCAUGUGGAGUUAAUUCCAGAUUUUGCUUGGGAUUUCCAAGUACAUGGCAACGCCGAGUUCUUCUGGGUUCUAGUGGAAGAAUCUGAUAAAUCAGAGAUAUUGCAUUUUGAAAAGUUUAUCCUCAAUAAAAAGCAAUUAGCCAACAAGCAUGAGAUGGAUUUCAUGAUACCCCUUUCGGAUCCUUUGCCGCCACAAGUUGUGGUGAGAGUGGUCUCAGAUACUUGGAUUGGCUGUGAAUAUGUGCACACACUAUCAUUCCAACAUUUAAUCAGACCUCACAACGAAACGUUACAAACAAGAUUACAAAGAUUAAGACCUUUGCCAACUUCCGCCUUGAAUAAUCCACUGGUGGAAUCGAUUUAUCCGUUCAAAUAUUUCAACCCCAUGCAAACCAUGCUUUUCUAUACAUUGUACAACACCAACGAAAACGUAUUCGUGGGUUCUCCGACAGGUUCAGGUAAAACUGUGAUAGCAGAGCUUGCAAUGUGGCAUGCAUUUAGGGAUUUUCCAGGCAAGAAAAUUGUAUACAUUGCCCCCAUGAAAGCUUUGGUCCGCGAAAGAGUUGACGAUUGGAGGAAAAAGAUCACCCCUGUCACUGGAGACAGGGUUGUUGAGUUGACUGGUGAUUCUUUGCCAGAUCCUCGUGAUGUUCGUGAUUCCACUAUCGUUAUUACCACACCUGAAAAGUUUGAUGGUAUUUCACGUAACUGGCAGACCCGUCGAUUCGUUCAAGACGUAUCCCUUGUUAUCAUGGAUGAAAUCCAUCUAUUGGCAAGUGAUCGUGGUCCUAUUUUAGAGAUGAUUGUCAGUCGUAUGAACUACAUUUCAGAACAGAUGCACCAACCGGUCAGGUUGCUCGGUAUGUCAACUGCUGUUUCGAAUGCCUAUGAUAUGGCUGGAUGGUUAGGAGUCAAAAAUAAUGGCCUUUAUAAUUUCCCAUCCAGUGUCCGUCCUGUUCCUUUGAAGAUGUACAUUGAUGGAUUCCCUAACAAUCUGGCAUUCUGUCCCUUGAUGAAGACGAUGAACAAACCGGCUUUCAUGGCGAUUAAACAACAUUCCCCUAACAAGCCAGCAUUGAUUUUCGUUGCCUCUCGUAGACAAACAAGGUUGACAGCCCUAGAUUUAAUUCACCUAUGUGGUUUGGAAGAUAAUCCUAGAAGAUUUUUGAACGUACACGACGAAGAGGAGCUGCGUGGUUACCUCUCUCAGGUAACUGACGAUACUUUGAGAUUAUCACUACAAUUUGGUAUCGGAUUGCAUCAUGCAGGUUUAGUGGAGAAGGAUCGUUCUAUCUCACAUCAGUUGUUCCAGGAGAACAAGAUUCAAAUUUUGAUCGCCACUUCCACCUUGGCAUGGGGUGUUAAUUUACCAGCACAUUUAGUAAUUAUCAAGGGUACGCAGUUUUUCGAUUCUAAAAUUGAAGGCUAUAGAGAUAUGGAUUUGACUGAUAUUCUGCAAAUGAUGGGUAGAGCUGGUAGACCUGCUUAUGAUACUUCAGGUACAUCCAUUGUUUACACGAGGGAAAACAGGAAAUUGUUUUACAAGCAUUUCUUGAAUGUAGGGUUCCCUGUUGAAUCUUCUUUGCACAAGGUUUUGGAUGACCACUUGGGUGCUGAAAUUUCUUCAGGAUCUGUUUCCAACAAGCAAGAGGCAUUAGACUUCUUGAAUUGGACAUUCUUUUUCCGUAGAGCACAUCAUAAUCCAACCUAUUAUGGAAUCACCGAGGAUACUACUGAGGCAGGUGUUAAUGAAUAUUUGAGUGAAUUGAUCGAUAGAACUUUAGAUAAUUUGGCGGAAUCUCAAUGUGUGGAAAUCUUUGGAGGUGACAUUGAACCUACACCAUUCUUGAGCAUUUCCUCAUACUAUUAUAUUUCACACAAGACAAUUCGUCAAUUGUUGAAUCAAAUCCAUCUGAAUGCUACAUUUAAGGAUGUUCUAAAGUGGUUAUCGAUGGCUGAAGAAUUCAACGAGUUACCUGUGAGAGGUGGUGAAAUGAUCAUGAAUGUAGAGAUGUCUGCUCAAUCAAGGUAUCCUGCAGAGAAGACAUUUACUGGUGAUCAAGAAAUGACUAUGUUGGAUCCUCACGUGAAAGCCUUUUUAUUAUUACAGGCGUAUAUGAGCCGCGCAGAUUUACCCAUUGCAGAUUAUGUGCAAGAUACGGUUUCUGUAUUGGAUCAAUCUUUGCGUAUUUUGCAAGCUUACAUCGAUGUUGCUGCUGAAUUAGGUUAUUAUCCAGUGGUUAUGACGAUCAUCAAAGUGAUGCAAUGCGUCAAGCAAGGCUAUUGGUAUGAAGAUGACUCUGUAGGCAUCUUACCAGGCUGCAACUUGAAGAGGCGCACCGAUAUAGAGUUUAGUGAACAAGGUUUUGCUAUAGAAGAUUCUGACGCUAAACCAAGGUUAACACUUGAAGAUUUGGGUAAGAUGGGUCAUAAGAAGUUGACAUCAGUGAUGGAGAAAUUCCAAGUGGAUCAAGAACAAAGACGCGAAUUCUUAAAUGUCUGUCAGAGGUUGCCCGUCCUAGAUUCUAUUAAUUUUGAAGAUGAGUCCAGGGACUCUUUAAUCAUGACUGCAAAGCAUUUUAGUAACAAGAAUAACAAAAAUUUUGAAGUCUACUGUGAUGCCUUCCCUAAGAUGCAAAAGGAGUUAUGGUUUGUUAUUGCCUAUAAAGGCCAAGAGUUAUUGAUGUUGAAAAGAUGUCAGCCCAAGAUUCAAAACAAGGAAACUAUCAUAGUUUGCGAUCUAGUGGUGCCUGAAGACUUAAAGGGGCAAAAGUUGAACUUCAUGAUAAUUAAUGAUGCCCUAGAUCUAAGUUACCAGUGUGAGCAUCAACUACUAUCUUGA